AUGCAGCAGGCUCCAAAGGAGCGAGUUUUCAUCGAACAAAUGGUCACCAGGCGGUUUUACCCAAAUACUUCAGGAAUAUUUUCUAAUGUCCAUGAUGGCACCAAGGCUUUCCCUCAACGUCCAAGAUCACCAAAUCGUAAUAAACCCCAACCCCACUAUGCAAGAUAUAUUAGAAGUAAUACAAGAUUUAUCAAUGAGCCAUUUGCAUAUAUGGAAUCUGAAGAUACAGUGUCAAAGCAGUUUCAUUGGAUGAAACAUGAAUCACCAUUUCUGACACAGCAUGUACCAGCUUACAGUUUGGAAAGCACCCAAAGACAUGAUUACCAGAGAAUAAUCUCCAAACCUCAUCUUCAAACAAGACAUGGAUGUAAUCCAAACAAAUAUCCUUGUUCAGGCAUAGUCCCUCAGGCGGAUCCUAGGGAAUUACUGUCUCCUCCAAAGAAUCAUCAAGAAUACAUAUCUUUCAUUCAUCAAUACGAUGCAAGGAAGUGUCCAAAUGAACCCAUCAGAGGCAAACGUCAUGGAGCCUUUGUGUGCGCACAGAUAAACUCACAGAGUGGAAAGAUAGCUCCCAGAGGAGGAAAGGCAUUCCUGGUUACUGAAGGGUCACAUUCACUGGAACAGUUAAAAGAAGAAAAAGGAAAUGUGGGGGAAGACAUAUUAGCCUCACCCAAGCCCGGCUCAAUGAAUUUUCAACAGAUGCUUUGUUCUGGAACUUGCUUAUCAAAACCAGACCCUGAAUAAGCAGCCAAGGCUUAUCCCAGAAUUCUUACUGAAGGACAAAACAGCUUAUGGUCACAGACAGAUGAAGUCCACAGAAGACUCAGUGAACAUCAGCAAGUUGCUCUGGAUCUUACAUCAACAACAAAAUCAAAAUGUAGCCAUCCUCCGGCCUUGGACCACAUGACCUCUGACAUCCCAACCUCGGAACUCGUGGCCUUCAACCUCAGAACACACAACCUCCAAUCCUGCAGCUUCAGUGUCUCACGGCCUUCGACCUCACAGCAUCGGAAGUCCUAG